UCUUAUUUAAUGUCGGCAACUUGAACUUAGGAGGACUAUUUUACUUGAAUAACUGGUUGAUAAAUCAUGGCAACUGUUAUCCCUAAAGUGGAGCAACUUUCAUCCCGGAUCGUCCGGGUUUUAGGAUGCAACCCGGGGCCCAUGACACUUCAAGGCACCAACACCUACAUUGUGGGAACUGGUCAAAGACGCUUUUUGAUUGACACGGGGGAAAAGGAGAAACCAGAGUAUCUGACUAACCUGAAGACGACGCUGUCCAGUCACAGGACCAGUAUUCAAGAGAUUCUCAUCACUCACUGGCACCACGACCACGUCGGUGGGAUUUCUGGGGUGUGCGACGAACUCCAGCUGGCAUCUGCCAUUGAUGUGUCGAAGUUACCCCGAAGUCCAACUCAAAACGAGACAAUUGAUGGCGUAGAUAAGAAAUACAAGUAUUUAGAGGAUGGGCAGAUCUUACGGACUGACGGAGCCACAUUGAGGGUGGUGUACACACCAGGGCACACAGAUGACCACAUGGUGCUGUACCUUGAGGAAGAGAAUGCUGUCUUCACAGGCGAUUGCAUCCUUGGAGAGGGAACAGCUGUGUUUGAGGACCUCUUCGCCUACAUGAAGUCACUGGAACUGAUAGUAGCCUUGAAACCAGACGUUCUUUACCCAGGCCAUGGACCGGUCAUCCAGGACCCUGUGAAGAAGGUGCAGGCUUACAUCGAUCACCGAAACAUGAGGGAGAGGCAGAUCCUGGAGGUGUUGGAGACUAACAAGGACAAGGCCCUGACUUCCAUGGAGAUGGUGAAGAUCAUAUACACGGAAACCCCAGAAAUUUUACAUCUGGCUGCAGCCUCAAAUGUGGACCACCAUCUGAGCAAGCUGGAAAAGGAAGGCAAAGUCGGGAGACAUGGAAAAAAUGGCGAACAUCGAUGGAGCAGUAAGCUAUAGAAUCUCCGGAUGGAAAAUGUGUUACAGUUCAACAAAAAAUCAUAAUGCAUGGUGCUGUUCAUAGGAAUGCUUGUGUCCAGAGGCAGGACAGUUUAUCUCGAGCAUUGUGUUACCUGUGAUCAAGUUAUCCCGCCAGGCAUGCCAAAGUGUUACUCAGUGGUGCUGACUGGAAAAAGGAAUAUUUCCCCAUGGUGAAAAAUUGCUUACCUGGAACUUACUUGUCAGACAGCAAAGAAAAAGUUUCAAAGGUUUUGGG